AUGUCUAUAAACACGACAGUGUCUGUGGAUGUCAGCAACACGACAGUCAACUCGAGUGUAUUCGGAAUACAGACUCCUGUGCAUUCUACCACUUCAGACAUCUUGAACUGCGUCACCGCCGGCAUUGCAGUGGUCGGUGUGGUCUUUGGUUGUUUUGUCGCCAACAUCGUCAGAAAGUUGGACGACACUGAACUCAGAUCAAGAUUCUUGCUGUUAAGUAUACUGAUCUGUGACGUCAUCCUCACCCUCUCCAAUUUGCCUUUAAUGGUUUUCGUGUUCACUCUCAUAAACCGCAAACGGUUCGAGAAAUUAACAUGUCCUUUUGUCUAUGUUAAUUUGGUGGUCAGCAGCCAUUUCUCAAUGUCCUUGGUUCUCUCCUUGUUGUGCCUGGCUCUGGACCAGGUUAUUGCAGUGUUCAAACCGUUGUAUUUCAGAACAAGCGAAGGCACCCGUCGGAAAGUCGUAUAUGGUGUUAUAAUAUGCAUGCCAGUGCCUCUAGCUUCGGCCAUGUUAAUUUACUGGACACAGGGAAUCACAGAAACUUCAGAUGACAUCGUGGACUGUGAAAGUUUGACGAAAGCAGCUUCUGAGGUGUUACCAUAUCAGGCUGUUAUUGCUGUUCCUUUAGCAGUCUCUACUCCUGUGAUCUACGCUGUUGUCUUGUGGAAGAUAUCCCGCCAGCGCUGCGUUCAUUCUGACAACCCACUUGGAAGUAUCCAAAAUCGGAGACUGGUGGUUAGCUUCUUGUUCUUGAGUGCCAGCUACGUCUUGCUGUGGCUCCCGACACUUGCUUACUUCAGCGGUUGCUACUACAGCGGAAACGGUUGCUGGGAGGAAGAAUCAAAUGAUGUGUCACUUCUCUUGUACGCCAUCUUCACCCUCAACUACAUCGUCGAUCCGGUCACAUGCGCAGUACGAAUGGAACCCAUCAAGCAAAGAAUUAUACUAAUGUUCCGAUCUCGUUGA